AUAACGUAAAAUAAUCUCUACAGCGUAUCCACCCAUCCGUGCAAAGAUGACAAAAAAUUCUCAGUAAAAGCCACAGCCAUAACGCACCCAUAUUGGCCAUAUCCUCUCUCUCUCUCUCCUAAAAGGAAACUCGCAUGGUUGUUUAUCGAGAUAGUCGAGAGUGAAAAUGAAGCUAUCCUCAAAAUCCAUAUCGAGUCCGGGUCGGACCGAGAAGUUCCCGCCCCAAUUAAUGAGGUUUUGGGGGACCAACGUCGGGAGCAGAAGCAGAGGCAGGUCACGUUCAAGCCCGAUGUUUUUUCGAAGAAAGAACGGCGCCGCCAUUGAAACCCAGGAGCCAUCUUCACCGAAAGUCACGUGCAUGGGCCAAGUCCGGGUCAAGCGCUCCUCCAGACAAGCAGCCACCGCCGGAACAGGUCGGCCGCGUGUGACUGGAACCAGACGCCGGUGCAAAUGGCCCCGAAAUGCCCUUUUUUGUCACCAUCUCGCCCGAAAGAUCAAGUCCCCGUCGAGCCGACCGACUUGGCGCAAGUGGGUCUUGUUCUUCCAAGUGCGUUUUCUCCGAAAAACCGAAAUUCGAGGAGACUCAUCGGGUUUUGAACCGAAACUCGGGAAUGACAGUGAGUUUUCAGAGCGAGAGGAUGAAGACAAGGAAGGAGAUGAGAGAGUAGUAGCUGAGGUCUUUAUGUCUAAUUUUCCUUCCCCACCAAAGAACGCUUUGUUAUUGACUAGGUGUAGAUCCGCGCCUUACAGAUCGUCAUCUUUAGCCUCUAAAUUCUGGGGUUCACCACAGACGACGGAAGAAACAGAAGUCACAGAACAGAGAGCAGAGCAAGAAAACACAGUGGAACAAUCGGAGACUGAUAAACCCACAUCGGAAGGAGAGUCAACUUCAGACAAAGAAUCGAGAAUAGGUCCUCAAACGGUGGAAAAGUUGAAAUUUUUCAAAGAAUUCGAAUGUGCAAUAAGAGAAAGAUUCAUAAAAUCCAUAAAUAUUGAAGAUGUGAAAGCAGGGGAAGAAGCAGACUCCAUUCGGCCUGUUAUACUCACAAGGUGUAAAUCAGAACCGACGAGAACAGCAGAGAAAACCGAUACAGAGAUGAAUUUCCGGAGGAAGAGAAGGUUGGGUUUCGCUGAAUCACGUUGACGGCUCGUGUUGCGAUGAAUUAACUAGUAUUUUUUGUUUUAAUCUCAUUUACCUGCCUGUGACAUCUAUAAUUAGUAAUUUCUCCUCAAUACAAAGUUGGGCAGUACUAGAGAAUCUCUGUGGUUCUUUGGAAAUUGUCACUAAAAUUAAAAGGUAGGUAAGCUAGUCAUACAUUGAAAGCAGAAACAAUGAAAUUGCUGUGUUCAUCUACUCACGGACACCUGCGCCAUUCAAUUAGUUUGUGUUUUCAACUUGAAAAACAAGUUUUGGGGAACUUGAAGUUUGGGUCA